CGCAUCUCAGGUGAUGAACGCCAAUACGUGUACAAAGGCGUGGACAGGCUCAUCUAUUUUCCACACGAUGCCAAGGUUCUCGAGCAAGAGUUGCGAAAUCUGGAGCUGUUUCAUGGUAGCAAGCGGAUCGUGCAGCUCGUUGCUGCGGUGAUAUCCAGAAGUCCAUAUCAAUCAAGGGAAUCCGGGACGCCACCACUUGUCCUUCGCGGAAUCCUUCUCGAAUAUUAUCCAAACGGUACCCUGCACGAUGCAUUGCAAUAUCUAGAGCCUUAG